UUCUCUAACUUCUCAGAAGCUCAGAAUGAGUGAAAUCUUUGAUCAUGAUUCAAAUCUGAGGUAUACUUUGUAUUAGAGUUUAUUUUCAGCAUUGGUAUGCUGGAUUAAACUGAAGUUGAGAAGAAAAUAAUGCAGUGAGAAAAAGGCCUAAUCUUUGGAUGCUGCAGAGAUUCAGUCGUAAUGCACAUUUUUUUGACAAUUAUAUCCAUCUGUUGUUGGGAUGACCUUUCAAGUGGUGAACUUUGAAAAACCGAAGCAAUAUUAGCCAAGGAAAUUUUGGAUAGACUUUUCCACUUUGAAAUCUAAGAAGAAGUUAACAUGCAGUGAGUUCUUUCUCAAAAGAAUCGCUGUACUUAUUUUCUGGAGGUAGCUAUAUAUCUCAGCUUCAGAAAAUAAUAAUAUACUCUAUGACAUGAUUUUCAAAACUAGAGUUCUACCACUUUUUUUUCUUUUAAUUCUUUGAGUUUGCUGCAAAUUUAAACAAAGAGUCUAACUGGGUUAAUUUGAUUUGUUAUAGUCAUAUUAGGUAGUAUUAGGUUUAGUUGGUUGCACAUUUUUCAAAUUUUAUUUCUUGCUCCUUGAACAAGGAAUAAAAUCAAAAUGAUAGCAACGUCAUCUGGUGUAGUUAUUUUAUGGUCACUAAUGUCCCUGUUUAUUACUUGUAUAGCUCUAGAUACAAUCCCUCUAGGUAAAUCCAUUCGAGAUGGAACUAUCUCGGAGACCUUAGUAUCUGCUAAUGGAGAUUUUGAGCUGGGUUUUUUCAGUCCAGGCAAUAGUGGGAGGAGAUAUGUCGGAAUUUGGUUCAAAAAAAUCCCAGUUCCGACUGUUGUUUGGGUUGCCAAUCGAGAAGAUCCACUUGUUGAUUCUUCUGGUGUUCUGCAGCUCAACAACAAUUCUCUUGUACUUUACAGUAGCACAAGACAUGUGUUGUGGUAUAGCAAUUCAACAAUAAAAAUGCAGAAUCCAGUUGCACAGCUUUUGGACAGUGGAAACCUUGUUGUCAGAGAUGAGGAUGAGAAUAACCCUGACAAUUUCUUAUGGCAAAGUUUCGACUAUCCAUGUGAUACCCUACUACCUGGAAUGAAGUUGGGAAGGGACCUUGUUACGGGGAUUGAUCGGUUUCUAACAUCAUGGAAAAGCAGUGAUGAUCCUUCACCAGGUAGCUAUACUUAUCAAAUGGAUUCUCAUGGAUACCCACAGCCAUUUGUUUUUAGGGACAAUUCUGUUGAGCUAUUCCGUGAUGGUCCAUGGAACGGUGUCUGGUUCUCUGGGACUGCUAUGUUACCAGAUGAUUCAUUGGUUGAGUUUGUUUUAAACAAUAAGGAGAUGUAUUAUACGUAUGAAAUGGGUAACAUCCCAACUAGGAGGACUUUGACUAUAGAUGGGAAUAUUCAACGUCUGAAUUGGAACGAUGAUACUAAAAGUUGGACAUUACUGUAUACAAAACCAAAUGAUAAAUGUGAUAGUUUUGCGCCCUGUGGGUCAUUUGGUAUUUGCAGUGUUACAAAUCUUGAAUGUGAGUGUCUGAAAGGAUUUGUGCCAAAGUCCCUAACAGAUUGGAAUGAAAGGGAGCAGUACAGGGAUGGGUGCGUUAGAAAUGGCCCAUUUAACUGCAGUAUUGACAAUGGGUUCAUAAAGUAUCCUAAUGUGAAAUUGCCAGACACAAGAUCUUGUUGGUAUAAUACAACCAUGACUCUAAAGGAAUGCAAGAACAAAUGCUUGCAGAACUGCUCCUGUACAGCUUAUGCAAAUGUAAACGUAAAGGAUAAAGGAAGUGGUUGUUUGCUUUGGUUUGGUGCUUUACUGGAUGUUAAGGAUCUUACUGGUCCUGGACAAGAUCUUUUCGUAAGGGUGUCUUCCGACUCUGGUGGUGGGAAGAAAGGAGUCUGGAUGGGAGUAGGCUCCAGUUUGUCGGGUGUCCUGCUCAUAUGUGGUGCUACUAUCUUCGUUCUACGGCAGAAAAGGAGGAAAGGAAGUCAGUAUGAAAUUAAAAAAGUUGAAGAAAGUAUUAUAAGUAACAACGACAAGGAGUCGGAGCUGCCAAUAUUUGCCUUGAAUGUAGUAGAGCAAGCUACCAGUUACUUUUCAGACAGCAACAAGCUUGGAGAAGGCGGCUUUGGCCCUGUCUACAAGGGAUUAUUGAAUAAUGGGGUGGAGAUAGCAGUGAAAAGACUUUCUAGAGAUUCAAGACAAGGAUUGGAGGAAUUUAAGAAUGAGGUUUUAUUUAUCGCAAGACUUCAGCAUCGCAAUCUUGUGAGACUUGUAGGAUGUUGCAUAGAAGCUGAAGAAAGGAUGUUAAUCUAUGAAUACAUGCCCAAUAAAAGCUUGGACCGCUUCAUUUUUGAUGAGAUGUGCAGAUCCAUAUUGGAUUGGACAACGCGUUUAGAGAUAAUCAAGGGGAUUGCUCGAGGUUUACUUUAUCUUCAUGAAGACUCAAGAUUGAAAAUUGUCCACCGAGAUCUUAAGGCAAGCAAUAUAUUACUUGACUCAGAGAUGCACCCCAGAAUUUCAGAUUUUGGGCUAGCAAGAUGUUUUGAUGCAAAUGAACACGAGGCAAUGACUACGAGGGUGGUCGGAACAUACGGCUAUAUGCCUCCUGAAUACACUAUUGACGGAGUCUUUUCAGUAAAAUCUGAUGUUUAUAGCUUUGGAGUAUUGGUGCUGGAAAUUCUCUCUGGCAAGAAAAAUAGAGGGUUCCUACAUGCAGAUCAUCAACACAACCUUCUUGGACAUACAUGGAAGCUUUUCAAAGAUGGCAAUUCUUUGGACAUUGUAGAACCAUCAAUGAAGAACCCGAGCUACGAAUUUGAAAUGCAAAGAUCAAUUCACUUGGGUUUAUUGUGCGUUCAACAGUAUCCAGAAGAUAGACCAACUAUGUCGUUUGUUAACGCCAUGUUAUGUGGUGAUAGCAUAUUGCCAGAACCUAAAGAACCUGGCUUUUAUUUUCAAAGGAAUAUGCCGCUUCAUUCACUCUCAAAUAACACUCAUUCAACUUCCAAUAACGAAAUUACUGUUACUCUGAUUUCAGGAAGGUAGACUUAUUAAUCAUCACAUCGUUAAGCUGCAAUUACCAUGUUAAACACGUCUACUUUUUUGGAAAAUUUUCAAUUAACUACCUUCUGUAUACCGAGUUAUUCUAGAAUACUUGCUUCUGUAAAACUUAAAAUU